AUGGCCGCACCGGGGACGCCACUCAACUCAUCGGCGACGCAGGCCGUGGCCACCUCGAGCGCCAACGGCCUGACCGACCCUCUGCAUUCCUCCUCCAGAUCGCCGCAGCCAACACAGCAGAAUGGAAGCUCAGUCUUGGACACGCUGCCAAGCGGCAGCAAUGGACUCGGCACACGCGCUCCCAGCCGGGCACAUACCCCUGGCCAGGAUCAGAUGCCAUUGACCAUCCACACAGCAGCACAGCGCGGCGAUCUCCCCGCCAUCAUGCGCCUCGUCGACUCGGGUCGAGCUACCGUCCACGAUCGCGACGAGGACAGCAUCACGCCCUUGCAUUGGGCUGCCAUCAACGCGCAGCUCGCCACCUGUCGCUACCUUCUGGAUCACGGUGCGGAAGUCGACGCCCUCGGAGGCGACCUCGUAGCUAGCCCGUUGCAGUGGGCCGCGCGAAAUGGACACGUCUACGUACAGGAGCUGCUCUGCUCGCGGGGCGCCGACCCCACCAUCACCGACUCGCAAGGAUUCAACGCGCUGCAUCUCACCGUCCACUCGAGCGCUGUCAUGCCGCUCGUCUUCAUGCUUCAACAGCCGUCUCUCAGCUCGCCAGAAGGACUCGACUCGACCGACUCGCAAGGUCACACGGCUCUCAUGUGGGCCGCUUACCAAGGCGACGCCAUUUCGGUCGACAUCUUGCUCAAGCACGGCUCAGAUGUGCACAAGCGCGAUGGUGCCGGCCUCACUGCUAUGCACUGGGCCGUCGUCAAGGGCAAUCGGCUCUGCAUCCGACUGCUAGCCGAUGCGAAGGCGGAUCUCCUCGCGAAAGAAGAUUCGGGCAAGACACCAAGAGACAUGGCCAUGGAGCUCAAGUCGAUCGGUGCGUACCGCAAGGCAAUGGCCGACAUUGGCCUCGAGGAAGAUGGUCGUCGCAAGCAGCGCACCUUUGGCGCGAGCACCGACACCAAGGCUCGACUGGCUAUCAUGGUGGUCCCCUUUGCCGCACUCGGAUUCAUCUUUGCCACAUUUGCUUCAUUGCCCUGGUACACUGCGACACCCUUUGCGGCGGCAGAGUUCUUUGGCAUGCAUCACAUCGUUACGCGCGUCAUCCUUGAUCCGCAGGAGCACGACUUCCUACAGCGCUCCAACUAUUUCCUCGCCAUUGUUUCCGGAUCCAUCGUCUGGGUAGGCUGGGAGUGGCUGCACAAGCUCGCCUCCGGCACGCCUGGCUACGCUGCCAACAAUCUCGUCUUUGCCCUCUCGAUCCUCGUCUGCUCGUGGAAACUGUUCAGAGCUGCCUCGAUCUCGCCCGGCUACGCGCCACUCGCCCCGUCUGCACUGCACCGCCGCGAAGUGGUCACUCAGCUCGCUCAGCAAGGACGACUCAACGGCCAAACCUACUGCGUCGCCUGCAUGGCGCGCAAGCCUAUGCGCUCGAAGCACUGCAAGCUGUGCAAACGCUGCGUCGCGCGGCACGACCACCACUGUCCCUGGGUGGCCAACUGCAUCGGCAUCGACAACCACCGUCAGUUCCUCCUUUUCGUUGGAGCGCUCGUCAUGGGUAUUCUGCAAUUCAUCUACCUUUCGGUGGUGUACUACUCGGUCAACGCGCCACCGUAUACGCCGUUGCCCGAUUCGACUUACGAAACGUGCCAUCUGCCGGCGUUCCUGUGCACGGCGACGACGUACGAUCCGUUCUUGCUGGGGGUGACGCUGUGGGCGGCACUGCAGCUGACUUGGACGGUGAUUUUGUUGGUUGCGCAGGGCUGGCAGAUCGCACGCCAGAUGACGACGUUGGAAGUGUCCAACCUCGGCAGGUUUGGGUUCAUGGGUGGAAAAGGGGGACAGAGCUAUGCGGGGCAGACGAACUUUAUUGCGCAGCAUUCGGCGCAGGCCCGCGCGCAGCCGGGUAGCACGGUUGAAGGCGCAACGGACCGAUUGCAGGGGAUCCAAAAGGCGCAGUUGGCAGACAACGGGGAGGAGGGGAGCGGCUCGUCCAGUCGACCCCACGCGCACUCGAAGGUGGAUUUCGUCAAACGCGUCUGCUCGAGCGGCGGCGGUUGGCUGCUGUCGAUCGUAGGACUGGAUCUGUAUACUCGUGGGAAGGCGGGCGAGGGUCUCAAACGUGCCAGCGCAGCCGCGAAUCCUUUCGACCACGGCCCCCUCGCCAACUGCAAAGACUUCUGGUCUAAGGGGCAGGAUCUGAAUGUGGACUAUGCGACGCUGUACGAUCUGCCCGCGGAGAUCAGUCCCGGUCACUGCGAGGUGAUGCCGUUCCUGGUGGAUACGGUGACCGGCCGGGGGUGGGGUGGGUAUGCGAGAGCGGGGAAUGUGUAUUCGUUGUUGAGGAGUGAUGCUGAGGAGGGGGAUGAGGAGGAGGAGGAGGGGAGGGAGCAGGGGAUGGGGAGGAGGUGGAGUAUGUGGGGGAGUGUCAAGGGGGCAGCGGGUGGGGGGUUGCUACCUACGACGAAUGCGGGUCAUGCUGCAUAG